GGUGGCGGUCCCCGGAGAGCAGGCGGAGACAGAGGCGAGUCGGACGCCGGGCUGACUGAGCGGGGCGGGGGCUGACAGAGAGCAUCCGCCUCGCGGGAGCUGCGUGAGGUGCGGGAGUGGCCGGGCCUGCCUUCCGCGCUUGAGCGAGUGCCCAGUGAUGGCGAUGGUGAUGGCGGCAGUUGCUCGGACAGCCCCAGUGAAGCUGCGCCCGGAGAGAUUCAUCCAGAAAGCACCCAGAAGAAUCUUCCUGUCAGAAAAGCUAAAAAUGCGGUAUUUAUAACACUGGGAGUUGUAAGUAAUUUGUUUAAAAUGGCUGAAAACAAUAGUAAAAACGUAGAUGUCCGGCCUAAAACAGGCCGCAGUAGAAGCGCUGACCGAAAGGAUGGCUAUGUGUGGAGUGGAAGGAAGCUGUCCUGGUCCGGAAAGACAGAGAGCUGUUCUGAGUGGGAGACCAUAGAUCCUGAAGAGAAAGCCAGAGCUCCUCGAAGGAGCCAAGAAAGGGACAGCUGCUCGCCCAUUGACUUGGACUUAGACAAUUCCUGUGGGCAUAGAUUUUUAGGCCGGUCCCUUAAACAGAAGCUGCAGGAUGCUGUGGGGCAGUGUUUUCCAAUAAAGAACUGUAGUGGUCGGCACUCUACAGGGCUUCCGUCUAAAAGGAAAAUUCAUAUCGGUGAGCUCAUGCUAGACAAGUGCCCGUUCCCACCUCCAUCAGAUUUAGCCUUUAGGUGGCAUUUUAUUAAACGACAUACUGGUCCUGUAAGUCCAAAAUCAGAUGAAUGGGUGAGCACAGACUUACCUGGGAGUAAACUGAGGGGUGCUCAGCUAAAACGAAGAAACAUGGAAGAAGACAUGCCCUGUUUUUCACAUACUAGUGUUCAGCCUUGUGUCAUAACUACCAACAGUGCUUCGUGUAGAGAUGGUCACAUAACUGGCUCUUUGAUGAACUUGGUCACAAAUGACAGCAUAGAAGAUAGUGAUAUGGAUUCAGAAGAUGAGAUCAUAACACUGUGCACAAGCUCCAGAAAAAGAAACAAGCCCAGGUGGGAAAUGGAUGACGAAAUCCUACAGUUGGAGGCACCUCCCAAGCACCACCCCCAGCUGGAAUACGUUCACUGCCUUGUACCAGACCUCCUUCAGAUCAGCAACAACCCGUGCUACUGGGGCGUUAUGGACAAAUACGCGGCCGAAGCUCUGCUGGAAGGAAAGCCAGAGGGCACCUUUUUACUUCGAGACUCAGCACAGGAAGAUUACCUAUUCUCCGUUAGUUUUAGACGCUAUAGUCGUUCUCUUCAUGCUAGAAUUGAACAGUGGAAUCACAACUUUAGCUUCGAUGCCCACGAUCCAUGUGUCUUCCAUUCUCCUGACAUUACCGGGCUCCUAGAGCAUUAUAAGGACCCAAGUGCCUGUAUGUUCUUUGAACCACUCUUAUCCACUCCGCUAAUCCGGACUUUCCCCUUCUCCUUGCAGCAUAUCUGCAGAACAGUUAUUUGUAAUUGUACAACUUACGAUGGCAUCGAUGCCCUUCCAAUUCCUUCUCCUAUGAAACUGUAUCUGAAGGAAUACCAUUACAAGUCCAAAGUUAGGUUACUCAGGAUUGGUGUGCCCGAGCAGCACUGACGGAAAGGCUAGGAGUGUGGACUUGCAGGUAUUAACAGCUGUCAAUAUUUUCAAAAUACUGCCAUAUGUGUAGCUUUGAAGUGUGUAUUAAUUGAGGACAGGAGAGACUCCUGUUCUCUGAAAUGUUUUGUGUUUCCUUUGGCACUACAACGAAAAGAAACUGGACAGCAGAGACACGGAAGGACUUGAGAACUGUCUCCUGUGAAGGAAAGAAGAGUGACAAGAAAAACAGGGAGCCGGGGUCUAGAGAAAUGACCCACUUUCCCGUGUUUGUAAAGAACAGCAGAACUUAGAAACUAACUCAUGACAAAGGUUAAAAUGUAUUUACGACUUAAAUAGCUAAAAAUGAAUAAAUUUUAUGAAGUACCCAAAGAAGUCUAAAUUAAAUGGAAAUGUAACUCUUAACUUGACUUUUGAAACAUUCGAAUAGUGUCAGUUAUAGCCGAAAAAGUGUCCAGUGCAGGACUUGAUGCGCACACCUUUGAUCCCAGCACUCAGGAGACAGAGGCAGGCAGGUCCCUGAGAGCUGAGUAACAACCUGGUCGACAUAGUGAGUUCCAGGCCAGCCAGGCUACAUAGUGAGACCGCCUUAAAACAAAAAGGAAAAAGAAAGAAAGGCAGUCGGUAUGGUGGAAAUGUGUAGUUUAUUUGUGAGAGAAGAUGGAACUAAAAGAAACAACAAAAUAUUAAAAUUAAAAAUGUAGGCAUUAUCUCAGGGAAACGCCUUGCCAGUGAAAGGGAACUACUUUCUCACUAAUAGCUCUCUGGACCAGACGCCACUACCUUGGGAAUCAUCUUGCACAACCAGAAGGUGAACUUGACUUUUCCAUCUCUCUUGAGGCUUUUCAGGACAGACCCAUCUGCUCGUUGUUUAAACUACAUCUUGAGUCAUGCUGUGAUUCCUGCAAUAAUGCUGAAUGCAUUCUUUUUAGUUUCCCUGGGUGUUUUUCCAUGAAGAGUUAUAUGUUUAUAUGUGAUCUUUCUGAUACAUAACCAUGUUAUUGGCCUAAAUAAUUAUAUGGCGAGAAUAUUAAUUUAAAGAGGACCGGAUAGGAAUAUUAGAGGAAGCUUUUAGUCAGCCUGUGGCUAGAUUUAUUGAUUUGGUGAACAAGCCUGUAUUCUUUGCUGACUUUCAGCUAAUGGUGAACUGUGGUCAAAGAGUGGCUUUCACUUAAUGUUUUGACUUAUUACAAAGAAGAUAAAGAAUGUUUUAGUGAUUAGAAAUCCUUUAAAACGUAGAACAAAUGUGCAAAUAAGACUCAUCAUCUUUUUAUAAGAAAAACACAUAAGCCUUUAUCAUUUAUUCAUGAGCUAAAGCCAUUAAGCUAAAUCAAAUUAUCAACUUCCUGUCUCUGGAGUUUGGUCGUUUUAUAGAUCCACAUAGCAGAGCACUUCUUUCCUGUGAGACAGAUGUUUUGAGAUCUCUUACUCUCUUUCAUUAAAAGUAUUUGUCACUUUUAACUAUAAUCAGAAUCCAGGAGACAAGCAUAUUUUUAUUUUGGCAGGGCAAAUUUCACAAACUAUAGACUUAAUUAUAAGACAAUUCUGAAAACAAAACAAUGAUAAAAAAAAUUUUUAAAAAAAAGCUCAUUUAGCCAGGUGUGGUGGUGCCCACCUUCUUCAGUCCCAGCAUUUGGGAGGCAGAGGCAGGUGGAUCUCUGUGAGUUCCAGGCCAGGGCUACCUUGUGAGAGCCUGACUCAACAAAAAAGGAAAGAAAAGAAAAAGAGAAAGGAAAGAAAAGGAAAGGAAAGGAAAGGAAAGGAAAGGAAAGAAAAAAAGUAAUAGUUAUCCAAAGGAAAGGGCCUGUGACAAAACUAACCCUGAGAUAGUGUUUCUAGUUAUAGUUGUGAAGGGAUUAGUCAAUCCUAAGUCCUCUUUUGUCUUACUGUCCUGUGAAAUGUAGGUAAUGGUCCUAUCCCUUGGUUUCCUGAACGUUCAUUCAGUAAGAGGUGUCCCUUGGAGCAUAGUUGAAAAUAAUUGCAAGUAGCUAUUCAGUACUAAUCGAGAAUGAUCAGUUCUCAAAAUAGCACCUUUGUGGAGCAUACAAAAAUCAUUCACUGAAUCUGUAAUAGGUCUUCUUGACUUGAUCUGACAGUGGAAAUAACAGAACAAUUUGGGUCUAUGGUUCAAACUCUACAUUUAGAUGAUUGCAAUUUCCUCCUGCCUUUCAUAAGGUCUGUGUAAACGGAUGUUCGCCUUAUUUGAUUACAUUUGCAGGAAUAAAGAUAAUUUUUGCCAUGGCUAUAAAUCAAAUCUAAGCUUUCAGACUUGAGCCAUGGUGUAAAACUCUGAUCAGUUUUGUAUUAGCCAAGUAUGAACUAUAUAUACUUGAAUAUACAGAGCCUAAUGAUUUAAUAAAGCUAUGUUGUCAGUCAUGAUGUAUGACCCAUACUAGCUCCACUUUCUAAUCUUGACAAACAUUUGUGUGUGAGUUUAAAAUUUUUAAUCUAAAUAAAAUUUUGCUUAAUUAAAUCUUCAUAUAUAAAAUCCAAAAGUGUUGUUCUUG